AUGUAAAGCAUUGAGAACUAUUAAUAUGAUAAAAAAGGAUUUCUGGGAGCAGGCAGUUUUGGUAGUGUGUAUAAGGCUAAAAAUAUAAAAACAGGUGAGAUUGUGGCUUUGAAAAUUUUGGAUAUGAAAUUAUUCUAAGAUUAGUUUAUGAUCGAUUCAUUAAAAAAUGAAAUUAAAGUAAUGUAAACCUUGACUUCGCCGAAUGUGGUUAGAAUGCUUGAUGUAUUUGGCAACAAACAACAAACAUAUAUGGCCAUAGAAUUAUGCGAUUCAGAUCUCAGAUCUGUGAUGCACAAAAAGGGUCACAUUUAGGAACAAUAAGCAAUUGAAUUACUAGCAUAAUUGAUGAAUGGGUUCAAGGACCUAGUAUCUCAUAACUACAUCCAUCGAGACAUAAAACCUGAAAAUUGUCUAGUCAAAAGUAAUGUAUACAAAGUGGCUGAUUUUGGAUUUGCUACUAAAAUAGAUAUAACAGGAAGGCAAUUGCUAAGAGAAUGUGUUGGCACUCCCAUCUAUAUGUCUCCUCAGAUUUUAAAUAAAUAGUAAUAUUCAGCCAAAAGUGACAUCUGGUCGAUUGGAAUGAUGUAUUAUGAAAUUCUUUUCGGUAAAACGGCAUGGUCUUGCAGAGACAUGUACAGUCUUCUAAAAAGCAUCAAAACAUAACCAUUAAGAUUUCCUUAUGAAAGACCCAUUAGUGAAAAUUCUAAGGAUUUCAUCAAAAAGUGUUUAAUGAUCGAGGAAACUAAUCGAAUUGGUUGGAAUGAAAUUUUUACCCAUCCACUUUUUACUAUGAAACAAUCUGGUCAAUAGCAAUAAAAAUAAAAUUAUGAACUACCCUAACAAUGUAUUAAGAUCUUAAGGAAGAUGCAAGAUGUUGUUACUGAGAAUAAUAUAGAUCCACAUUUUAUUUUUCAAAGAUUUGAUAAAGAUAAAAAUAACAUUUUGGAUGCCUAAGAAUUUAAAACACUCAUUUUGGCUGUUGAUCCAAACACAACACCAUAUUAAAUUUAAGCCUUAUUCUCAAGAAUUUGUGGUCAAGAUCAAAAAGUUAAUUAUAUUGAAUUUCAAAAACUAUUCACAGAAUUUGAUUUCUCUGAUCUCAACGACAGGGCAGGCAUUAUUAUUAAAGACAUCUAAGCUGUAAUCAAAGCUAAUAACAUUAAUGUUACACAAAUAUUUAAUAAAUAUGAUAAAAACCAUUAAGGAGAUCUAGAUUAUUAAGAAUUUUACAAUUUGAUCAAAGUUAUUGUGCCAGGAAUCAAGGAUUAUGAAAUUUAGUUGAUGUUUUCGAAGUUCGAUCGAGAUAACAAUGGUGCUAUCAGUUUUCCUGAAUUUUCAUAUAUUCUCAGUAAAGGUACUGGCCAAACAUAAAAAGAUGGCAUUACUUAAAGGGCCUCUGGAGUAUUAAAGUAAUUGUAAAAUACGGUGAGAAUUAAUAAAUUAGAUGUAGCCAAAAUAUUUCAACGUUUUGAUAAGUCUGGCGAUGGUGCUAUUGAUUAAGCAGAAUUCUUUUUAUUACUAAGAGCAAUCGAUGGUAAAAUAAGUAAAAACGAAGCAGCCAGCCUUUUCCAUAUUUUUGAUAAGAACCAUGAUGAUUAGAUCUCUUUCGAAGAAUUUAAAUCAUAGCUAUGAAAAUAUUAAAAUUCUAAUCAUUCAAUAAAUAAAUUAUUCAA